UACAGCUUGUUAGUGAUGCAUUUAAAGGGCGAGAGUUUACAAGUGGACGAAAAGGCAGGUUUCUCCGAGGCCGAUAUCGAAGCGUUCUUCCUUCAACUGUCCUCAAUGGACUCAAACAAUUGGGAUAACAGUGUUGGUGUGGGCGAGCGGGAAGGACGGGUCUUGCUAGAUCUAGUCCGUCAUAUAGCAGCUAUUCAACCGAAGGCUGCCGGAUCGAGUGUGAUCAAUCGAUUAACCAAUCAACUUCUCUUGGACUGCACAGCACACUGCUUCCUAGUUCCCAUGGCCACCGGGAUGUCAUUGACCCUAUGCAUGCUUACACUGCGCAAACGUCGUCCAACUGGUGCACGGUUUGUUCUCUGGCCGCGGAUCGAUCAAAAGUCUUGUUUCAAAUGCAUUCUAGCCGCUGGUAGGUGUUAUUUCUCCGCUACUGGGACAAUCUUUAUAUGCGAUAGCAACUCCAUUAGCAUCCGGCUAAGCACACUGCACCUUUCGCGCUUUGCCAUCCCUAGUCCCGGGGUACAGGUAGUGGAUAUCCGUUGCUCAUCACAUUCAAAUGUGGAAUGA